CGGCGCCCGCCCCAGGAGCCGACCCGGGCGCGAGGAGGGCCGGCUCGUUGCGUCGGCCGAGCCCGCGGCGGGUACCAUGCAGCUCCUGGUGAGGGUGCCGUCCGUCCCGGAGCGGGGCGAGCUGGACUGCGCCAUCUGCUACCGGCCCUUCAACCUCGCUGGCCGCGAGCCCCGCCGCCUGCCCGGGACGGCGCGCGCCCGCUGCGGCCACACGCUCUGCACCGCCUGCCUGCGCGAGCUGGCGGCGCGCGGCGACGGCGGCGGGGCGGCCGCGCGCGUGGUGCGCCUGCGCCGCGUCGUCACGUGCCCCUUCUGCCGCGCGCCCACGCCGCUCCCGCGCGGCGGGGUAGUGGAGGUCUCAGUGGACCCAGACUUGUGGUCGCGGCUGGAGGACAGAGCGCGGGCGGAGCGCAAGCCGGAUGAGGCGGGCGGCCCGGUCCCGGGAGGCGGCGACGCCGAGGACGAAGACCAGAGAGAGGAGGGGGUGUUACCCAGGAGCGCGGGCUGGCGCGCGCUCCGGCGGCUGGUGGAGCGGGUGCUGGCGCCCGCGCGCCGCUGGCGGCGGCCGCUGCCUAGCAACGUGCUGUACUGUCCGGAGAUUAAGGACUUGGCUCGCAUGAGCCCCUGCACGCUGUGACCGCGGCGGAAGGAAGGUGGUCGCUGCAUUCUCGAGGCGCGCUGGAGUGCAGGGUUGAGGCCAAGCCACCGCGCGCCCGUCCCGGGAUUGGCUUUUGCAGGAGUUAAGCCUAGGGCAGGAGGGGCCGCCCUAGAAUGGUCCCGGCAACGCGGUGUACUGACUGGGCCAGGCUCGCGUCCUCGGGGGAGAGGCCCCGGGAUGGUGGAGACGGGUCCGCAUUCUCGUGGGAAGGACAGAGAAUGUGUCCUUAGCUGUGAAUGGCUUUUGUCCAGGGCAGCUCUGGCCAUUUGGAACAAUUGGGCCCAUUCUAGCAAUUCUGUGUCAGUGGUUUUAAAUUUUUUUUAAAAAGCUAGGGCGAAGAGGUCGAUUUUUGUGUCCUGUUACUGUCACUUCUAUGGCAUGUUAGCUGAGAAAGAAUAUUUUUCCCCCCCAGGGCUGGUAUGCUCAUCUGCCCAGAAUGGUAGUGUGUUCCUAAAAUUAUUGAGAUGCCUCUGUGCCUCGCUUCAUUUCAGUCUCUCUUCAGCCUGUGAGGGCAGGUAUCAGGGUCCAAAGGGCAUUCAUCUGAGGCAUCUAAUUAGGGCCAACCAGGGAUAGGAAAGCCGUUUGGUAAAGGCAUCACAUUUUAAUCUUUUUUUUUUUUUUUUUAAGAUUUUAUUUAUUUAUGUAUUUGUCAGAGAGAGAGCGCUCACAAGCAGGCAGGCAGAGAGAGAAGCAGGCUCCCUGCUGAGCAAGGAGCCCGAUGUGGGACUUGAUCCCGGACACUGAGACCAUGACCGGAGCUGAAGGCGGUGGCCUAAGCAACUGAGCCACGCAGGCAUCCCUCACAUUUUAAUCUUUUUGAUUUAUCUGUCAUCUUUACAAUCACAUGGAGAAUAUGGUCACGACUGGAAAAAAGAUGUGUAUCCUACAAUUAAUUUUUUUUAAUUUUUUAAUUUUUUUUAAAGCAAGCACUUGAGGGGGCAGGAAGGACAGAAGGAGAGGGAAAGGCGCUCAGGCAGGCACUCCACUGAGCCCGGAGCCUGACCUGGGACUUGAGCUCAUGAUCCUGACUGACACGGUGACCGGAGCUGAAAUCCAGAGUCUGAAGCUUAACCCACUCAGGCACCCCUUAUCUUGCAGUUUUAAGCUUGUGCCCCAUAAUUGGACAUCUCCUGUACCCGGUGCUUUCUAUUUUUAAAUCCUAUAAAUACCUUAGGAGAGUAGAGUAGAGUGCGGGAGCCACAGCCGCAUCACUGGAAUUACAAAAUCUCCAGAUUCCCCUUCAGACUGAGCCUUAACCAGAACCCCGGGCGAUGUGUAGGCAGGUAAACAUCGCAGCGGCACUGACUGCGGUCCUAGACUUGCUAGGACGUCCCCUUCUGUGGGGGCAAUAUUUGGAACAGUUGGUAUAAAGGAUAAAAAUUUCACUGGAGGUUGUAAAGGGACGUUCUGUUACUGAAGAAGUCUGUGUGUGUGUAGUUUAUUUAUUAUGUGACAUUUUCCUGUGUUAAAAAUGUGAAUUUAUGAAAUAUAAACUUCCAUUUUUAUAACCGUA